UCCGUUCCCAUGGAAGCGCUUCGUUUUGGUGAAAAUUCGGAAUCCGAUACGUUGAGUCGUUGACGUUUGUUAUUUCGCGUGCUCCGCAAUUUUCAUUUUCGUCCAUAGGGUCCUGAAGCUUUGUUGAUUCCGGGAAAAAAUCGCGAUGGUAAUGGACAUUCUCGUCGCCGAUACUGUAUCACUAGCCGCUGCGAAAGGCCUUGGGGUUGCCAAGCUCCUCUACGCCGAACAAUCGUCUUCUUGUUCCCCGCCAUCUUCCAAAUUUCUCCAGAUCUCGGCCUUGAUUUUGCCGGUGGACGCCCUUGCACCGCCGCCGGUGAAAUCUAAUACAUGCAGAAUGCCGCGUCGGACCCUUAUCCGCAGAAAACAACGGGCGAAGCGCCGGUUGUCUGGUGGUGAUUCGGGGGACACAGAUGAUGAGGGAUUCUUCUUUGGUGAUGGCGGCAAUCCGCCUUUUGGCCGCGGCGGUUUCGGUGGGGGUGGUGGGAGUUGGAAUUUUAAUCGAUUCGGAGAAGGGCAUAGUUGGGAUGAUUCAUCGUCUUCGUUUUCGGACCCUGCGUUCGAUUUCGUCUAUCAGGUUCUGUCCUGGAUUAUGCUUUCCAAUUGUCUGCAUUUUGCUUUCAAAAAGAUUGUUCAAGAUUUUACCUAUGGAAUUGUGGAUGCCGAUAGAGAAAAAGUUCCCAGGAGAUUGGCGCCAAUUUGCUGAUUUGGUGCUUUUAUCACAUGUAAAUCAAUGCUUGCCGGUGGAAAUUGUCAUGAUUGGGGAUUACUUCUGUAUUUGAACAGGAUUUUAGAUCUUCAUUUUCGUUCAUGUAAAUAUUGUAUAUAAUUCUCAUUUAAUCUAUUAUAUGAUUGUAGAUUCUUUGUUUGGAUACGCUAUUGUGUUUUAGUGUACUGCACUUAUUGCUUUUGUUACAGUUUGCUAGUGAAUUGUCA